AUGUCUGCUGCUGCUGUUGCAUGGUUCCAUCUCCAGCUCGAGGAAGCGGAGGCUAUAUGUGCGGCUUAUGAAGAUGAUUGUGAUUUCAUAUGGCUGCACAAACCAGAAGGCCCGGACGACGGGGAGACAGCGUAUGCAGUCACUGUGAGGGGUAAGGUUGAUGCUGAGACGAGUGUAACGUUUAUGAUAACAUUACCACACGGGUACCCUUCGGCUGGAGAGGAGAAGGCCUUCCCUGAGAUAACUGCGGUCGAGGGCUCAGAAAAUGUCAAGUAUAAACUAGGGAACUUGCAGGAGCUCCUUGCCGCGAACGUCCGGUCUCAGAUGAAAUCCGCUUAUGAAUUCCCCGUCCUCGCCGCUCUAGCCCCGAUCUCGGAUAGACUCACGAAACUUGGUGAAGAAUGGCAGACUAAACAACAGGAAGAGAUGGCGGCUAAAGAGGACUAUGAUUCUGUUGUACGAGCAGCAGUCAAAGCAAAGAAGUCAGAGCUCCAGAAGGGUCCGCUGAUGCUGGGGAGGAGGAUGAUAUUUUUCCAUCACAUACGGAGUCCCUACAAACGUCGAUGCAUACAAAAAUGGGCCAAUGACCUCCGACUGGGAGGGAUGAGUAAAAUAGGUUUCCCUGGAUGCAUCGUCGUGGAGGGGGAUGAACGAGAUGUGAGCGAAUAUGUGAAUAUGGUUUCGAAGUAA